UAUGACAUCAGGUCAUAUCUCGUCCUCUGCUCACACUCUGAUUUGGCAGCCGGGGGCGAGACAGACAAGAGCCAUCGUUGGAUUUCUAGAAGAGAUAGACAACGAGGACAAUCUGUUAAUCAAUUAAUCGUGAUUAAGAAUAUAGAGUACUGUGUAUUCCCUCUUCACACGGUCUUUACAUUGAUAAUCCGAGUAUGCGCACUGAACGCCAUUGUCUGCCAGCAGCAAGAGUGAGAGCGAGCGCGCGGAUAUGAUAGUGCAGGGGAACGGCAUACAUUGACCCGAAUCUCCGGGAACUGGAGAACAAGUGGACUCGGACACACAUCGUUGGAAAGACAUACUGGCAGACUGACAGCAACAGUUGUCAUUGCUAUGAUCAACUGAGCCAGUCAAGGCAAAUUAAUAAAUGCAAAUGUAGUAACCUAUUGCGGAGAAGCGCGACUGUCGGAUACGUUUGUUGCGCUUUGUGUUUGUCAUCCCUGUUGUGAUUUGGGGCAGGCUACCUGUCAUUAGCUGUGAGGGAAAACGUGUUGCUUAUCUUUAUCGUUUUGUUUUUCUGUCAUUCGUUUGACAUCAUACUAUAGAUUCUAGUUUUUCUCGUUUGGUGUGAAUCAAAGCAUUCAGUCGCUCAUGUUGUGGUCAGGGAAAUGGGCUGUUGCGUCUGUUAGUCAGACUUGACAACCCAGAUUUUUUUAGGUGCCGUUUUGUCUUUGGCAAAGGGCGAGAAGUCCACUGCAGACAGGCGUGUCGGGGGCGAUUCCAGUGACGGCUCGACUCUGCGGAGCCCCCAUUUCAACAACCCCCACCCAUUUUGCUCGGGUGCUUUGGAUGGGGGGCAAGCAAAGUACGGCGGGGCGGCCACGGGGUGCUUUUCCCGGUGUCUCGACGGAUGACAGCGCAGUGCCGCCCUCGGCUCACUUUGGGCACUACCGACCGAGUGGCACUAUGGGGCUACGCAGCCGCUCAGUGAGUUCAGUGGCUGGGAUGGGCAUAGAACAUAGUCCUGCGGUGCCCUUUGGGUUUUAUACCCCCAGAGGAACUGACUCGGACAGGGCGGGAGGGGGGUCUGGCACUAACGCUGCCCAUGGUAACGGCUACCAGGAAACAGGCGGCGGGCAUCACACGGACGGUAUGCUCUAUCUGGGAUCCCGAGGGUCGUUGGCAGACACCUUGCCCCUGCACAUUGCACCCCGGUGGUUUAGCGCCCACAGUGGGUUCAAGUGUCCUGUAUGCUCCAAGUCUGUGGCGUCCAAUGAGAUGGAGGUGCACUUCAUCAUGUGUCUAAGCAAGCCCCGCCUGUCCUAUAAUGAUGACGUGCUAGCAAGGGAUGCCGGGGAAUGUGUGAUCUGUCUGGAGGAGCUGCAGCAAGGAGACACCAUCGCCAGACUGCCUUGUCUCUGCAUCUAUCACAAAAGCUGUAUAGACUCCUGGUUUGAGAUUAAUCGGUCCUGCCCUGAGCAUCCUUCAGACUGACUGACCUCUGUGCUGCUAGUCCUACUACUCCAAGGGCACUUUAUGGUCCAACCAUGGAUAUCUGGAUACUGAAGUAACCAAAACAACCAAUCAAUUGAUCUAUCAAGAAAAUUCCUAGCAAACUGAACCAAAAGAAACAUCAAGCCAAUACUGUCACUUCCACAUGCAUUAAGGAGUGCCCCUCCUCCCUGCCCCUUCAGCCCUAGAGACUGCCAGUCGGCCCAAUCAGGCUGACCCCUCCAGGCAAACGGCCUCACCAGGCCGCUUGUCGCCCCACCCCAGCCAGCCAGUUGCCCCACCACAUGCCCUGGCCCCCUGCUCUGCCCUCCAUUCUGCCUCCAGAGUCUAGCGGUCCCUGGCUCCCUGUCACUCAUCUGGAUCCAGUCCUCGCAUGGCCUUCACCGGAAGAGACGGGGGAGGAGGAAGAAUCGGGCUGGAUGCACCCUGUGUGCCAGGGAAAGGUCGACUCCCAGGACAUUGUCUGAUCAUCCGACAGAAGCCCCCCAAUCACCAGAGUUACAGCUCCCACCCACUCACUCAUUAGCUGGAGUCACAUGUGCUUCUCUUAGUCUUCGCUUUGAGGUGGAGUAGUGGUGUGUGAGGUGCAGAACUGGCGGGGCAGGGUCUGUCUGUGUAGGUUUCUGUUUGGGUUGUGUGGGUGGGUGGUGUCGGGUGUAGUUUAUGCUUCUAUAUGUGUUGAGGCAGUGAAGAUGCCAGUCAAACUACACUUGUUCUGUGUGUGGAGGGGGUACAUUGUUUAUGCUUGGUGGUGUGUGAAUGUGUGCUUGUGUGGAGGGGGUACAUUGUUUAUGCUUGGUGGUGUGUGAAUGUGUGCUUGUGUGGAGGGGUUACAUUGUUUAUGCUUGGUGGUGUGUGAAUGUGUGCUUGUGUGGAGGGGGUACAUUGUUUAUGCUUGGUGGUGUGUGAAUGUGUGCUUCUGUGGAGGGGGUACAUUGUUUAUGCUUGGUGGUGUGUGAAUGUGUGCUUGUGUGGAGGGGGUACAUUGUUUAUGCUUGGUGGUGUGUGAAUGUGUGCUUGUGUGGAGGGGGUACAUUGUUUAUGCUUGGUGGUGUGUGAAUGUGUGCUUGUGUGGAGGGGUUACAUUGUUUAUGCUUGGUGGUGUGUGAAUGUGUGCUUGUGUGGAGGGGGUACAUUGUUUAUGCUUGGUGGUGUGUGAAUGUGUGCUUCUGUGGAGGGGGUACAUUGUUUAUGCUUGGUGGUGUGUGAAUGUGUGCUUGUGUGGAGGGGGUACAUUGUUUAUGCUUGGUGGUGUGUGAAUGUGUGCUUGUGUGGAGGGGGUACAUUGUUUAUGCUUGGUGGUGUGUGAAUGUGUGCUUGUGUGGAGGGGUUACAUUGUUUAUGCUUGGUGGUGUGUGAAUGUGUGCUUGUGUGUUGUGGGGGACAGUUGGGGUUCGUUGGUUUACGGUCUAUGUGCUGGGGCGGUGAGGAUGUCAGUCACCAUACCUGUGGUGUGGUUGGGGUGAUGAUGAUCUCUGUAGUGUGAGAGCCUGAUUUGCUAAAGGGUCAAAUAGAAGUCUGAGACAAUACUGUGUGUUGGUCUGUGUUUGAAACGUUUACAAUUUAGAUGUCCAUUUUCCCUGUGUGACUGUGUCCUUUCUCCCUUUAUUUCGCUAAUGUUUACAGUUACAGAAAAUUGACAUGACAUACUCUAUGUACUUAUUUUUGUUCGCCAGGUUUUUGCUGUGAUGGGGAGACACUGAUCAGAAUGAGUCAUUUCUUUGUAAGGGCCUUGAGUGUGUUCAUGUGAGUGUGAUGCCUCUUGGCCUAAGAGACUGUCUGUGCCCCAUAUGCUUUCUGCUGAAAUAGGUAAUGUCCUCUCUGGUUGUGUUGGCUGAUUUGUAAUGGAGGUGUUCAAGACCAUCAACCCAAACAUUUUAGAGCUAUUCCGGGGUUACAAUUUAUUUAUUCACAUUUAAGAAGAUUUGUUUUUCCAAAUCUGUCAAAACUCACAGUACUGUUCAGAAUGCCUCUAAUGUAUAAAGAAUAACAGAAUGAUGAUUCUGAAAAAAACAAAAAACAAAGCUGAACAAAUGGGUGAAUAUUUUUUUCCAUUUGUGCUAGAUUAAAAUGUAGAGAAUAGUAUUUUUGCAGGGUUAUCUGCUUCAUACCCGUGAGGGCACUACAAAAAACAUUUAUUAAGCAAGCAGACAACCACCAAGCUUCUCAGACACAGGGGAGACAGACUACUAGUCAGUUAUGAUAUAAACUAUAUAACUUAAUGUCUCCUGCUAACUGUAGCUCAAUGCUCUAAAGGGCCAUACCUUAAUUUCUUGCUUUAUUUAGUUUUAAUAUCUUUUGAUUACUUUUUUCCCCCCAAGGAUGUGAAUGGAUGCCUGUUUUGAAGGUAUCAACUAAUUGUCUCAUGAUUUUGAUGUGCAAUCUGUGGGAUGAGUAAUGAUAAAUAUAAUAAUAAAAAAGUCAAAAUAAA